CAGACAAGCAGACGGCAAGUGGUUGGCGAGCGAACUAGCCCAGUUGCAGUUAGCUGCGAACUUUUGCUGAUUGAAUUUCGUGGCUGUGUACGCUCGGCUGAAAAGAACCCGCCAUGUCGAAGCCGGUCCUCCUGUCCAGCUUUCUCAGUUCCUGCACCUGGCGCGUUCGCAUCGUCUUGGAAGUGAAGCAGAUUGACUUCGAAUUUCGGGCAGUGGACUUACAGCCCAUUGGUGGUGAGCAGGAAACUGCGAAAUUCAAAGCGUUGAACCCAAUGGGCCAAGUUCCUGUUUUGCUUGUCGACGGAAAGCCCAUCAGCCAAUCGGUGGCCAUUAUGGAGUACUUGGAGGAGAAAUACCCUGAGCCAAGGAUGCUGCCCGCAGAUCCCUACCAGAGAGCCAAGUGUCGCGAGGUGGUGGAGCUUCUCGUUUCGGGAGUCCAGCCCCUGCAGAGCAUCAUCCUGAUCCCUCUUCUCGGCAAAGUGGAAUGGAAGAAGUGGGCCCACCGCAAUAUCACACGUGGCUUCGCAGCCCUGGAAGCCAUCUUUGCAGAGACGGCCGGCAGAUACUGCUUUGGAGAUGAGGUGACAUUUGCGGAUGCCUGCCUCGUACCUCAAGCGUGCAAUGCAUACCGCUACGGUGUGGACAUGACACCCUUCCCCACGGUGCGCCGUAUUUACGAAGAGCUUCAGCAGCACCCGCUUGUCAAGAAAGCUGAUGCGUCGUGUCAGCCAGACACCCCUCCAACGGGAGUGCCCAACACUGUCAACCUAUACAAGGGCCCUGGGGAGCAAUAACACUACAUAAUGACCAUGUUGAAGUCUAUAUCUUGGUGGAAUUAA